AUGUGCUGCAAUGUCCCUCUCGGGAUCGCCCUGUCCAGCUGGGUCUUCGUGACUGCUCCGGCCUGGACUUUGCGACGGCUUCCCGAGCUUCGAGGGCUCCCCCGUCAGCAGGACGUUGGGGGGCCCCUCACAGUGGUUGACUUGUCCCACUGCCCGCCGGUGCCUGGGCGCGUUCGGAAGGUGAAGAUCGCCUUGCCAGGACAAAAGGUCUUGGCGCCGAAGAACGUGACGCUUGUGGUUUACCAUCGUGCAGUCAGUCAGGCUGAGCUCUUUGUGCGCGCUGCCGUGGAGCUGCCGCCGUUUCGUCGUUUGGGCGGCGGCGUUUUUGAAGUCAGCCUGACCUCAAGCCUGCCUUUCCUUGCAGGGGACUGUUUGGGUUGGUCCCAUGGGCGCGGGACUUUUGGCUUCGCGUUUGCCGAGGGCCAAGAGACCUACGAAGUGGCCAUGCUGGCCUAUCAUACGAGGCUGGAAAUGGUCUCCUCUUGGCAGCCUUGGCAUUGGUACAAGACCUUUCCUAGACAGUACUUUGUGGAACUCGAGCUCGUCCAUACUUUGGACCCUUUCGACUGCUGGAAGACAACUUGGAGAUCGGCGCAGCGGUCGCUCGCAUCUUUGCAUCCAGCAGCACGUCGCCCGCUUCUGCCUUCUCGCAUCUCUUGCUGCCACAUACGCGCAGAGUUCCGCCCGAAGUGCUUCGGGGUAGUGCAGCAGACGAAGCAGUCUGCUUCGGAGCCUCAGCAUUACGUUUGGUAUCAUCCAAAUAACUGCUGUGGCUCACAGCCGCUUCUCGCUAGCGUACAGCGACACAUACGCUGCAAGCUUCCGCGACAGAAGGCGUGGAGAGUCGCCAUCGCGCAAGCCAGUAUUGAUUCUUCACGCUGCUGUCGACCUGGAACUCGAAAGCUUUUCGAUUGUUCUUCUGGUCACUGGCUUCGCGCCCAGCUGUCGCGGUCCUCUCCCUGCCCAGCUGGCGCAGCACUUCUGCAAACAUCUUGCAAGAUCACCCGGGGAGCACUUCAGCGAACGGAUCGCUCACAGUUUACUCUUCGAGACGUGGGACACCAUGACAAGCACUGCAGCAUCUACGGGCAUGACGGUGCUGCAUGCUGCUUGGUACAGGUCUGCAAGACAGACAGAUCGGGACUCAGGUGUUUGGCCUGCCUGCUUGCAGAAGUGCCCUGGGGCUUUUGGUCGAGAAGCCAACGAUUGCUUCUGGUCCGCUUGCUGCACCAACUUCGCACAGCAAGUGCAGCAAAUCCUCGUCCUGCUUCGACGUUUACGAAUUCGCUGCAUUUGCACAACACCUUUCACGAAGUGCUGGACGCAGGCCGGGAUGUGCCUGCCAAAGAACCGGCUGGUGUCAGUGCACCUCGGCUCCUGCCGAUGCUAAUGAUUACUUCAGCUGUCCUGAGCCUUACAGCUCAGCACCGCCUGUAUAGUGCCCUGCACGCGCUCCAAGUAGCCGCGCCCCUCCACAUCCUUUCGCCUCAGGACCUUGCCAAAGUCUUGCAAGUGCUGGCAACUGCUCCGUUGCAGUUGGCCACGGAAAUUCCAGGCGAGGGGCUCUACUCUGGCCGGCCAGAAGCACCGGCGGCUUCUGCGGCGUCCGUACCAGCGUGCGGCCUUGCUGUGGCGACUUUCGUUUCAAUUUACCAGAAAAGCUCAGCCAAUGAGCUGGCGCACUCGUGCUGUCCGGCACGGGGCUGGCCUUCUCUGGUGCGGGCCGCCAGUGAAGGCGGUCGCCUAUCUCGUUGGCCAACUGCUGCAUUUGCUUUGUGCCUCCUCUGUGAGUUGUCGAAGCAACUGGAUGCCGGAAGGGUGAUGGUCUUGGACAAGAUGGUUGACCACUACCUGUCCUGCCCACAACGUGGCAUCUGCACCUGGCAUGAGAGGACGUGCGGCUACGAAUUAUGGACUCCGGUUCUACGUGGUAUUCGCGCUUCGAUGCAACAUUCUCCCGCCAAUCGGACUGCCUCCGAGCCUCUGCCCACUAUGCGCAGGGAAGCCAAAAGCCAUACCGAGACCAUGCGCCAUCUCAUGACAGGAGGUUCGCUCAUGCGGUUCAACGAUGGUGAGCAGCUCCAGCUGAACUCCGAAGUAAAUGGCCCUCUGGCAAGAUAUACGGAUACGUUCAUAAGGCUCAGCUUCUCCGUGCAAGCGCGCUGCCCGGGUCUCUGUGUUGGCAUUAUCCACCCUGACGACAACUUAACUCUCGCGGCUCUCGGCCAAACUCACUUGGACUGGUGGCAGACGGCAGGUUUGCCCAACACCCGAGCACUCUUCAGAUCUGGCUUGCUGCCGGAUCAAAGCUAUUGCUUCGGAAUGGUGAACUACAGGCCCAAAGCCGGCCCAGAGGCCAUGACCCGCGCGCAGUUUCAAGCGCAAUGGGAAGAGGUCUUUGCCAACAAAACCGUGCUCAUUGUGGCUGCGCUGGACUAUCUGUUCAUCAAGCGAUGUGGCGGUUGCAAGCAAAUUUCGAGUUUGCUGCUGGGGCACGGAGCGAAGGUUCCACCUUACUCCAGAUCUCGCGAGGUGCUCGCCUUGAACCCUGACCUGGUGGGUGUUGAGCCGCCUCUUGGGUCUGCUUGGUCCGGAGUGCUGAAGGCAACCCUAGCGGCGGUGGCACAGGCCCAGGCAGACGUGGUGGCUGUCAGCUGGGGCACCUCUGCUGACCUCCUGGUCGCAGAGCUGGCUUGCCGCGGCACGCAGGCGAUCGACGUGGGAAACCUGGGCUCCAUCCUGGAAGGCGGUUCUACGGCACAGUCCGUCGACCCGGAUGAGUUCGAGCAUGUGAGAUACCAAGCCUGCAUUUGUUUUGCUCAAGCUCAAUUAUUGAGAAACGGUGCCUCCGGGAUUGCUGUCAAGAUGACACAGUGGGGCAAGGUCAUUGCCGUCAGCAACUUGCAAGCUGCCGGGACAACACCGCUGGAGAUUCAGGUGGAUGACUUGCCGUCCUUGCCCGCGGAGCGGAACCUCGCAGAAGGCAUCAAGAUCCUUUACCAGACCUGCCAGCUGUAUGACCUGAACUUGGUCGUUGGGACAACUCGUCUGCCCGCUCACAAGGUGGUUCUGGCAUCGAUGAGUCGGGCCUGCUGUGAGCAGGUGCAAAAGGCAGUGAAAGACUUCCAGCAGCGUCAGCCUCCAUCGCCCUCAACUGCCAGCGAUCUGGAGAAGGCUGAGAAUGCUGAGAAGCCACCGACUCCACCGACAUCCGGUCCAGAGGAGACUGUCCAAGCCGACCUGGAAGUGGCCACCACAUCGUCUCUGGCACAGGUGCCAGCAGCAUCGCCUCCAAUCUAUAGCAAUCAGUGGAAAGCGCCGAGCUCCACUGCCCCUGUGCCUCCCGUUGCCGUCGAUGCGAAAGCGGAGCCUGCCGAGGGCAAGAACGUGCCUGAGGAGCCCCCGAAAAUUCUGGAGGAGCCCACAGUGCCAUCCCUGCCUGCUCCAACACGCCCUGAGAUGCACCUGGACAUCGCCAGCCCUGAGGCAGCAAGAGCUCUCUUGGACUUGGUCUACGGCCUGGGUUCAGAAUACAACAUCAGCUCGGAUGCUGCCAACCAAGACGUGCUGCGCUUGGCGACGCAACUGGAUGUCCCCUGCCUCCAGGAAUCAGCGACCCGAUACUUGGGCCAGAACUUGACCUGCCAAAAUGCUGUCUCCAGGCUUCAGACGUGCAAAGAGUUUGGCCUUGAGGAGAUGUAUGGAGCUAUCGAGGAGGAGGUCGUCUACAGCAGGGAUGCUUUGCAGCGCAUCGCAGCUGCUGAGGAGGUCACCAAGUUUCCGGAGAUCCUGCAGGGCUUGCUCGUGCGAUCUGCCCAAGUGCACAAUCCUGUCCCCAACCUGCGGGAGGGCAAAGAGGCCAAACGCAAGCGGGUUGCCGAGCCAAAGAGUGGCCGACCAGAAAAGUUGCCAAAGGCUUCAUCGGGUCGUGCCGUUGCAGGAGGAGGUAGCAGUCCGUGGGCUCGCCUGGGCUCUGCCUGGCUUCGUUGUUUCGGGAUGUCGGAGAUGUCAGACGAUGCAGGUGCAGACAAUGCCUUUCCUAUGGGAGGCGAUGAUAUGAGUGAUGAUGACAUGGGUAUGCAGCAGGAGCUGCCGGAAGGUGUUAAGAAAGAGAUCGUGAAGGCAGCUCCGGAGUCGAACUACUUGAUGCCGAAGGCAGGCGAUGAGGUGACAGUGCAUUAUGUUGGCACCUUGGAGUCUGACGGAUCCGAAUUCGAUUCUUCACGCUCCCGUAACAAACCGUUUACGUUCAUCAUCGGCAAGGGACAGGUGAUAGAGGGAUGGGAUCUCGGCGUGGCAACGAUGAAGAAGGGGGAGGUGGCCAAGUUCACGAUCGCCCCGGAGCACGCUUAUGGUGACAGUGGUUCUCCACCCAAGAUCCCAGCGAAGGCCACCCUCAUCUUCGAAGUGGAGCUCUUGGAUUUCGUAAACCAGGAAGAUCUCUUCUCAGAUGGUGGUGUCGUGAAAGUCAUGGUCAAGGAGGGUUCCGGUUGGAAGGUGCCCCAGAUCAACACCGAGCUGAAGAUCUCCCUCAAGGCCUGCAAGCCGGACGGGACUGUCAUCGAGGACAAGGGAUCUUUCGAGUACACGAUGGGAUCUGAAGGUCUGGGGCCACUGACCAAAGCUGUGGAGAAGGCAUUAUUUCGCAUGAAGAAGGGCGAGCAGUGCAAGUUGCAGUGCUCGAAGGACUACGCCUUCGGAGACUCCCAUCCAGAUGGCGCUGUCAUCGACUUGGCGAUUGAGGAGUUGUACGAAGUCACGGAUGUUUCUGUGUCAAAAGACAAGUCGCUGAUGAAGAAGCAGGUCAAAGAGGGUGAGGGCUACGAAAGGCCAAAAGAGAGUGCCAAAGUCUUCCUGAAAGUGGAGGCUGCUACGGAUGGCUCUGCGCCACUGCCCGGGUUUAGUGCAAAAACAUUAGAGUUUGCUGCCGGUGAUGGGGAUGCUUGUGAUGCCCUGGAGCUCGCCGUAAUGGACAUGAAGAAAGGUGAAAGGGCAGUUCUGACCUGCAGCUCUCCCGGAAUGUGCCAGGACCCUCAGCUCGGCUUGGGGCAAAUCACGGCGGACAAGGUGAUCUUCACUUUGGAGCUGACCAGCUUCGAUAAAGCAAAAGACAUCUGGGACAUGUCAGAGGAUGAGAAGGUUGAGUUCGCCUCAGCUCGCAAGGAGGUCGGUGGGAAACUCUUCAAGGCAGGCCGCUUUGUACUGGCCAUGGAGCGGUACAAGAAGGUUGUCGACAUGUUCAGCUACACCGACAACUACCAAGCAGAAAACAAGGCGAAAGCAGCCGAUAUGAAGAAGGCCUGCACCCUGAACAAGGCCGCGUGCCAGCUGAAGUGUGAGCUCUUUGCGGAUGCGAAGACCUCUUGCAACACGGUCUUAAAGGACGACUCGACAAACUUGAAGGCACUCUUCAGACGAGCUCAGGCAGAGCUUGGCCUCAAGAACUUCGCGGACUGCACUCGAGAUGUGAAGCGCAUCUUGGAGAUUGACCCGAAGAACAGAGAGGCAAGAGUCUUGGCAAAGGAGGCAGCAUCCGGGCAGAAAGAGGAGGAUAAGAAGUCCAAAGGCCUCUUCAACAAGAUCCACAUGCGAUUUGCGGGCCAGGCUUAUGACAAAGGUGAGCAGAUCUGGGUCAACAUUGGCUGGAACUCCAUGGGGAAUCAGCGUAUUCCGGCAGACGUCCCACCAUUGCUGGUGGACUUAGUGGAAGAUGUUCGGUGGAAGGCUUUCGUGUCAGACCUGCAGCUUUCCUUAGCCGAGAAGACCAUUUCUGUACCUGGAUGCCUGCAAUGCCCUUGUGGAUUCUGCAUAAUGUGUCCGUAUGCUUGUGCAAAGAAGGCAGCGUUUGAUGCCGCCAUGACGCAAGCCACGGAGAGGCACAAAACCAGCUUGCCCGGCCUCGUCGGAUGGAAGCUGGUGCGAAGGGCACGCAAGGAGGACCCAAGCGCUUCAAUGGGUUACAACCUGAUCUUUGCCAAGGGCCCGGCCAGACCGGUUCGGCCGAUUCCGGUGGUGACUGCUUGUGUCGUGGGCGAGAGCGCGCUGAGCGCGCCGACGCAAGAUCAGAUGGGAACCGGAACCAUCACCGAGCAAAUCGAGGAAGUGAAGAGUUUGUUUGACAGAGGUGCUCAGCUCUCGGCAAGGGGCCGAUACGCGAACCCUACAAGGAGCGUCGAUUCGAUUUCGAUGCCGACGAGGACGAGGAUAUGCAAGAAGAGGGAGAAGGAGAGGCAAAGGAAGCUUGAUGCCAUGGCCUUGCAUGUACAUCGAAGCCCUUCUUUGCUCAAGCGGAUUCCCAGCAGAUCUUGGGCAUCAGAGUCAAGGAUGUCGCGCAUCGGCUCAUGCAACUUCCGUGAGAAGGAGAAGAGCUUCAACACUCAGGAAGAGACCUGGCGGCAGACCUGCGACAAGGAGCGGUUCAUCGAGGUGCUGGCACACCCGCCUCAGACAACUUUCCAUGACGUGGCACAUUCGCUUCCGCUUCGUCCUAAUCUUUCCGGUCUUUCAUUGGUGUUUGUGUCCCAUCUUGUGGGAAGUGAAGAGAAGCCGCAGAUCAACGUGCUCCCACCGCAGGCGCCGCAGCCAGAGGAAGUCUGCGCUGAAGAGCCUCUGCCUGGCAAAGAGGAGGAUCCCGCUGGUGCGGAGGAGGAGGUGGCUGAGCCAUCACCCGUCAACAGAGCAGAACGUCCAGAUGCCGAGACUGGAAGCAGUGGCUACUUCUCCAAUUCGAAUAGUUCCCACAGCGAUAGUGAUGCCAGCGACCCCUGCUUCUGGAAACCAAGAAGAGUUCAAAGUGACAGCAGCGCGGCAUCGGCCACGAGCUCGGAGUAUUUGCAGGCCGAAGCUCAGAGGCGAGAAGUGGAAAGGCUGAUGGCUCAAGUUCCCCUCACUGAUGCUGGCAAGCCGACAUCCGUGGGGAGCAUCAACCAUCCAAACGGAGUGCAGGAAAUCGUGCAUCAGCACGUCCCAGCAAACAUCUUCUUCAGGAUCUGGAUCGAUCCAGCUAGCAAAACCUCUCUUCUUCUGCUCAAGUUGCGCGGCAUUGGAAAGAGGUCGGGGCCGACUCGCAGCACGGCACACACGACGCACAUUGGACAGAAUGCGCAGGCCGCAGCAGCUGAGAGGCCAGCCGGGAAGCCAUCGGCCAUAGGCCUUCACUGGGGAAUCCAAUGUCAGUCUCCAGACUUGAUCGAACAUGUUGCUGAAGUGUCCCUGGCCGAUCUUCAAGCGAGCCAGAGGGCAACCAUGGAAGACGCACCCACUGGGAAAAUGAGAUGGCUGUCUUUUGCUGUAACAGAGACAGCCACCCUGAUGAUUCACGUGUUCAAUGGGUGCAAAGAGGUCUGCUCUCUGCCGGCCAAGGCCUGCACAGCGUGCGGGGACCUUUGCGACUGCGAGGCUUGUGAGGACUGUUGCUCCGAGAUCUGUGGAAGCUGCACGGCAUGCGUGCACCGCCCACUUGGAACCUAUGUGGUUUGUGCCAUCCUCCUGAGCCUCGCAGAGAUCGGCUGCUGCCUGACUGCCCUGCUCGAGGAUGACCUCGGCAACUGCACUUUUCCGGACGGUAUGGCCAAGAGUGUUGGGGUCGGCUCCUGGCUGCGCGUUCAGAUGGGCUGCGCUUGGCUCAACCUCAUCUUUGCACCCUACAUCCAGUAUCAGCUGAUGCAGACGCUUCAAGCGAAAGCAGGGGUCGGAGAGAUGGACCAGCGUGCCAUCAAGGAAAGCUUCCAAGAGGUGUUUCUUCACGACAUCGGCGUGUGCCUCUAUGUCUUCGCAUGGAUAGGUUCUCUCGUUUGGAGCAUCUUUGGCUUUUCGUGGCUGCGACAAGCUCCAGCUGCUUGCGAUCCUCAAGGAUGGGUGUCCGUGGCUGCGUUGCUUGGAAUCGCCUUUUUCUGGUGUCUCCUUUGCUAUGGCUUCGUUUGGUACUGCUAUAUCAGCUGCACCAGCCACAGACCCGUGAAUUGGGCCAUGAAGCUGAUCCCCACGGUGACGGGCAAGGCGCACGCACAUGCGGCUCACGCCGCGGCCGCCAGCAGAGCGCCAGGAGUGGUGCCAGGCCCCGCCUCCGUGCCGCCUUCGGGCUGCGGCAAGGCCUGCACUGUGACCCAACUCGCCAAGCUGGUGGCAUGCCUUGGCUUAGACUUGUUCGGCGAUGCCACGUACUUCUUCCCAGUGAUUGGCGAGGGCGUGGACCUGGCCUAUGCUCCCAUCCAGGGAAUCGCGCUGAUGAUGCUGUUUGGUUCAAGAAGCAUCGCCACCGUGGGAUUCUUAGAGGAGCUCUUGCCCUUCACCGACCUGAUUCCCUCUGCCACGCUGGGCUGGACCAUUGAGACUUUCUUUGCAGAAAGUUGCCUGGGCCGGUCGCUGGGGCUCUCCCAGCAUCAAGACGGCGGUAGCUCCUCGUCCGAUGAGAUGCCGCCCCUUCCAGAAGAGGACUCCACGACGAGCAGUCAGGCCUCAAAACGAGGUUACGGCCCGACUCCGGGACGAGGUCGCUCGUUGACGGAAAGCUCUGGAUUAAGUGCCCCGGAUUCAGAGUUCGGCGUGUCCGAGAGGCAGCUGAACGAGGCAACAGCAGCUGCGAGCAAGGUUAUCACGCGGAAGCUCUCUGCAGGUCAACAUCCGAGCUCUGAGUGGCAAGAUUCAGACUUCGGUCUGGGCGAUGAGCAAAUACAGGCUCUGGAAGCCAAGAUCAGCAGCGGCCAGCAGGAGGCACAGGUGCGUACCAUGAAGCCUCCAACACAAAGGCAGCGCAGCAACAGCGGACAGACACUGCCUGGUGCGCCAGAUACAGGGACCCCGCUCCCUGCGCUCCGCGAGGUGUCAGAACAAGAGUCCUCUGACGCGUCCUUCCACGUCGUCCGGAGAGACAGUAGUCGCGUGAGCAGCCUUCUGCGAUUCGACAGCGAAAGCCUCUCCUUCGCGGCCCGGGGUGCCGGAAGUGCGCCGUUUGAGUCCCGUGUCAGAGGUUUGGCCUGCUUGGGACGUGCGAGACAGUGUUUUAACGCAUUUUUGGGACGAGAAGAAGAAGGCGGCUACCAUCGCUCACCCUAG